AUGCGACUCGAGCAACUCCGUAUGCGAAAUCAAGGACAAGAUUCAGAGCCUGCAUCGCCAGGCCAGACGGUGGAAGCGAGAAUCGAGACAGCAGAAAAGGAGAUCAAGGCCGUAAAAAGGAGAAUAAGCACAGCAGAAAGGGAGACCGAAGCCCUGCAAAAACGAACCGACGAAAUAGACCCCGAAGGCUAUGACGCAAAGCUUUUGGAGGUACAACAGGAGCUAAUUGAGGUCGAUGACAAGUGCUCAGGCAUCGAAAAUACCAUGGUGACUCGAGAGAACUUGGAAGAUUUCGGAGAGGACAUUAGACAAACUAUCGGGAAAAGAAUAAUGGGUAAUGAUCAUUGA